AUGAGUUCGGCGGGCACGAAGCAUUUGGACCAUGUCAAGCAGUUGGAAGCGGUCACGCAGCUGCUGCAGUCGGCCAAGACGACGCUGGAUCGCGUUGCUCGGACGGUCCAUUCCGUGCAGGCGGAAACUCGCGCAUCCAAACAGAAGAAUGUUGAGACCCGGCCAGUACAUCAGGGUCGCGAACCCAAGCUCAAGAGCGGAGUCCUCGACCUAGAUGGCACGGGCCUCUUCGGCUGCGACGGAGAAGAUAUCGAGGUCACAGACAAUGACGGGCAGGAACUGACGCGGAGGAAGUGCGAAGUUCAGGCCACCAGCCGCAGAGUUGCCGUCGAUGUGCUUGGGGAGGCGAAGAACAAAGCUGAACAGUUCAUCGAGCGGCAGAGCGGCCACGAUUGGUCGAGGUACCGGGCGGAGAAGCUCGAGCGGUCUACAUCCUCGCCCCCGAGCCACAUGGGCAUGCCAUGUUUUCUGCGCGGCAAGGGGCCCAUAGGUGGGAGAUGGCUGGACAUGGGCUGGGACGUACUCCCAGGCCUCAUAUGGGUGCACGGGCUGGAUCUGGAUGGCAAGGACGGCCGCGACCCGAGCGCCGGGUCCUUUUGUCCUCGGCUGCGGCAGCCAGCUGUGCGGCAGGACCUUGACGGCCCCACCGUGAGCAUGCUCUGUCAGCAGUUGAUGGAUCUGCAGAGGAACGUCGCGGUCUUGGCCGAGAAGGUGGACCUGCUGAGCCAGCCUGCAGUCCAGGUUCAUUCCUCGAUGAUGGUGACCGGGGACUCGGCCUGGGGGAAGCACAGGAACCCCUCGGGCGCCUCGCUCGAGCCGGGCGCGGGCAGCACGGCGGCCCUGGGCCGCGGCCGCCCACAGGACUGGCUGAGGAGGCUGCAGCCGAACGACGAGGCCGUCGACUUCGGCGCGUUCGGCGCGGCCACCGAGAGGAUCAGCGACGCUGUGAACGCGGGCGUGGCGAGUAUCCAGGGGUUCUCGUCCAGUUCGAAGCGGAUGGCGACCAACAUUGCGUCAGGUAUUUCCGAGAAGAUCACCGCCAGCGGCGGGCGCCUGACCUCCUCCUUCGGCUAGGCGGAGAGGGUCAAAGACAGCAAAGUGCGCGCGCGUCUGAGCGCCCGAGGCCUCAGUGGCCGCUUAGGGUCACGCAGCGGCCUGCCGCCACAACCAUCCGGACAUCAAUGGCAGGGGGGAUGGUAGGAAGACGAGCUGCGGUGAGUGGAGGGUGACAUGAGCCAACACGGCCACCCUUCCAAACAGUCGGAAGCCAAGUUGAGGAAGCAACCCCCAGUGGUAUGCACAUAGUUUUCUGGAGGUCGCGCGGAUGUCUUGUUGGGUUCGGCGCUCCGCCCGCCUCCCCGCCACUCCUGACGGCACCUCCGGCGCAGCUGCCGAAGCGCUACGCACGCCAGGGAAGGGGCACGGGGAGGUGUGUCGGCGCCGACCCAGCCAGGUACGCGGGGACCUCCGACAUCCUUGGUUACUCGAGGAGGCGGUGCCCUUGGCGUCCUCCUUUCCCUCUUUCCUGCUCUCUCAUCUCUCCUUCGGUCCCUCUGCUCCCCGUUGGGCCCCACGACGGAGUGUCGCACUUCCAGCGGGACGGGGUCAAGAUCCUGAUUUGUGCGAUGAUGUGCACAUGACAGGCAGCGUUUCACUACAACUGUACGCGCGGACCGGCUCCAAUGUGAGGCGCGCCGAAGUCUUGAUUCUGGUAGUGCGCGUGCACAGCACAGGGUCGGCUAGUGUAUUUGGUUGUGAGAUUGUGAUUUGGGCUCUGCGAGGCAAUGCUCUCGCAGAGUAGUCGGUCAGCGUGUACCGUGGCCACACAGGGCCUCGAUGGCAGGCACACUGUGUUGACAAACUUCCCACAGCGCAAGCAUAUAAAAAGCUUUGCUGCCUUGCGUACGUGUUGACUGUUGGUGCAUUCGAUAGCUUUUUGUCGGCA